AUGAACAAUAGUGGCGAGACGCCCGUGGAUAUCAUCUUGCAGAACUUGUGGGUGUGCUGUCUAGGAACGCCUGUGGAACAGAGCUCAAUUGGCAUAUGCUCUGAUUUGAUCAGCGCGGGAGGGUAUCUGACAUCCGUCGGAGUCUUCAAGUGCAGACAGCUGGCAUUUUAUAGCCCCGAGACAUUGGAUGCCCCAACUAGUCUCAUCAUUGGAAUGCCCACGUUUGUGGUUGGUCAAAUUGCUGGCAAAAUUGAAGUAGAAAGCAUCGAACUCCCUGAGAAGUUUGCUCCAGUGUUCUCCCAGUCCGAGCAAGACCUCGAAAGGCUCUUGAAAAGUGGAGCUGAUAUGACUGAGGUCAUGGAGUACUAUACGCAGUGGCCAAGAGGGCUUGAGAUACUGCUAAACAGUGGACUUGCUCCCUCACACAAAACCUUAUCAGUAGCAUUGGCUGCUGACUAUAAAGAAAGUAUAAAGCUUCUCCUACAGACAAAGAAUUUGUGCAUAGGUCCACAAUGGCUACAGACUGUUAGCUGUAGCCGUGAUGUGGAGCUGCUGGAGCUUGCUACCCAGGAACUUGUCAGCCGCAGAAAGCGUCUACGGCUACUAGCAGAGACUUACUUACCAAGUACAACACUUUCUCGGCUGCGGAUUCAACCCGAUCGUCUUCUCAAUAGCGCAGCGGCAGAUGUGUACCGUUCAUUAAAAGCAUUGUCCAUUGACAUUGGUUUCGCAGAAAGCGAGAUUUCCUGGAUAGUCUACUCUCAUAUAGGGUCCAAUAUAACUCUGGCGGAUCUGCUGUGGAAGGCUGGCUUUCGUGAUAUGGACGAAAGGGAUGAUAACGACUACACCAGUCUAAUGAACCUGAGCACUGACCAUUACCUCUCGGGAGGCCCGGUUGGUCUGUUAGAAAAGGCACAGUGGCUUAUUACCAGAGGCGCAGAUCCACAUCUCACACGCGAAAGCUUACCAGCUGUCUUGUACAUGUGCUACGAUCUCGGCCUUGCCUCGUAUUGCAAUCUUGAACAUCUUGUGAGCGCUAGCUUCAAAUUUUGCGAUUUGAGUGAUCGGUGCCUGGGGCUAGUGCGACGGAUUCUUUUCGAUCCGUGCCGAGAUACUUGCAGCUGUUCCUACUCUCCGAAUGGAUGCAGCGGGCUAUCGAGGUUCAUGGACGCUUUUUUCUGGAAUAUCACCUAUCGAAAGGUUGAUGGGGAUGUUUACGAGCAGCUUGCGGUGGCUCUCGAAGAUAUUGCAGGCGCACUGUGUUCAUCAUGUCCCCAAGGCAUUUUUGAUGCAAUGGCCCCUGAUGUGAUUCGCUUCAUCACUGCACACGCCCUGCAAAUAACUCACACCUGUGUUUGCGAUAGGUGGGGAGCAUGCCCUCGGAGUGUUUGUGAGAAACUACAGGAAGAUGAGAUUACGGAGCUUUCAUUUGUGGAGCAUGAUUUACUGCAGCAGCAUGAGGACCUUUUCGGUGACUUUUUGGCCAAGUAUAAAAAAGGGAAUGAACCCUUGCCUCGCUUUAUAACCGGCUAUUGGUCCACGAAGAUGAGACAGGCCCUUUCAUUUGACAAUGCUUCACCUGAGGAGCAAGCGAUGGCCCUACGUGAAAUUGGAGUGGUCUUGGACAGCAAUGCAGAUACCUCGAAUUCAUUUGAAUCGGGUUAG